GUGUUUAUGUUAGGCAGCAUACUAUUCAAUGACAUUAUUUCUUAUUAAACACACACACAUAUAUAUAUAUAUAAAUAAAUAAAUAAAUAAAUACAAAUAUAUUUUAUAUUUUUUUUUUUUUUUUACUUUUAUAUUUUUCCUACUUCUUUCUUUCCUUCCUUCUUUCCUUUCUCUUCUUCUUUACUUGCUUAUUUUUAAAAUUUAUAUAUAAUAUAUAAUAUAUAAAAAAAUUUAACAAACUUUAUAAUUUCUCUCUUGUUACAACAGGCCCAAUCUAUCUAUUUAAAUAUUUAUAUAAAUUAUGUCUGUAAUCAAUCUUGAAACGAUAAAGACGCUACUUGAAAAUGACAAAAGAGUCAAGGUUGCUGCGAUUGAUAUUGACGGUGUGUUACGUGGCAAGGUGAUGCAAAAAAAGAAGUUCCUUCAAGUGGCCGAAGAAGGGUUUGGCUUUUGUUCGGUAAUCUUUGGGUGGGAUAUUCAAGACAACAUCUAUACCACAAAGGGAGAAUUUUCUGGGCAGGACAGUGAGUAUUCAGACCUGGUGGCCAAGAUUGAUUUGUCUUCAUACCGACGUAUCCCAUGGGAGGACAAUGUGCCAUUCUUUUUGGUCCAUCUACAUCACCCCACCACGCGUCAACCACUGUAUUGUUGUCCACGCACUGUACUCCAGACCGUAGUUGACGAUCUCCAAACUAAAUCCCUCACAGCCUAUUGCGGUGUCGAAUUUGAAUUCUUUUGUUUCAAAGAAACUACGGAGAGCUUGGAUACAAAGGGCCAUGCUAAUCUGGCCCCUCUGACACUGGGGAUGUGCGGCUACUCUCUGCUGCGUCCCAGCCAGAACCAGGACUUUUUUUACAAUGCAUACGACUGGCUGGAGAAGUUUGGGGUAGAGAUCGAGAGCUGGCACACGGAGACCGGACCGGGUGUAUUUGAGGCUGCGCUGUCCUAUUCGGAUGCACAACAGAUGGCCGACCGGGCCAGUCUGUUUAAGACGUCGAUGAAACAGAUCGCAAUGAAGCAUGGCUUUAUGGCGUCCUUUAUGGCCAAACCAUACCAGACCAUGCCCGGCUGUUCGGGACACAUGCAUUUCAGUCUCAAGGACCAGUAUGGCCGCAAUGUGUUUGCACCGGCCUCAAAGCAAGAAGAGAGCGGCGUUCCGGGAAUGAGCAAGACGAUGAUGUGGUUCUUGGCUGGUGUACUGCAUGGGCUGCCUAGUAUUCUGGCCAUCUUGGCUCCCACGAUCAACAGUUACAAACGUCUUGUUGAGAAUUAUUGGGCACCUGUUACUGUGUCGUGGGGUAUUGACAGUCGCCAUGUGGCUGUCCGAGCCAUCCUUCCUCCCACUGCUUCCCCACAAUCCACCCGUCUAGAGAUGCGUGUGGGUGGUGCGGAUAUUAACCCUCAACUGGCACUGGCUGCUGUGUUAAAGUGUGGUUAUUGGGGAAUCAAUACAAAGCAAGAACUGCCUGUCGAAUCAUCGGCUGAUAUCAAGAAGAACGGCAGCAAACCCGGUGCCCGUCUGGCGCGUACACUCCAGGAGGCCAUUGUGGCAAUGGAAGACAAGGGAUCCGUGGCCCGACGAGUGUUGGGGGAUCAGUUUGUGGACCAUUACACAAGCACAAGAAAGCAUGAAUGGAAUAUGUGGCAAAAUGCAGUGACAGAUUUUGAACUGAAAAGAUAUAUGGAAUUGGUUUAAAAAUAAAUUAAAUCUUUGUUCUCAUAAUUCACAAUAUAAAAUAAAAUAAAAUAAAAUAAAACAUUAUUUAUUUAUUUUUAUUAAGCCAAAUAAAUAAAUAAAUAAAUAAAUAAAUAAAUAAAUAAAUAAAUAAAAGAAAUAGAGAAAAGGAUGAGGUGAUGGUGGGGCAUAUAUG